AUGGCUAGUGCAUCCUCUAACCUUGAGGGAUCCACUGAUCCUGUCGCGUUGGCUGUGGACAUGCCUUCUCAUGAAGAAGGAGUAGCCAUUGUAGAAGAUGAGAAUUCACUACAAGAAAGUAAUUAUAUAAUGGAUAAAAGUUGGAUUCUUCUUAGAAACAGGGCAUUACCAGAAUACUUGAAUGGCGUGGAACAAUUUUUGAACUUUGCAUUUUCAAAUCCUAAUGUUGGUAUAAGAAUUCAAUGUCCGUGCACUAACUGCAACCAUGUACGUAGGAAAACACGAGAAGAAGUAAAAAUAGAUUUACUUAGGUGGGGUAUAGAUCCAACAUAUAAUAGGUGGAUUCAUCAUGGUGAGUCGGAUUCAUCUUCAGACGAUGAAAUAAAUUCUAGUGCAGAUUCAGAUUUAGGAAACGAUGAUGCUGCCACUUUCAAGAUGUUGCAUGACAUGUAUCGUGGUAUUCCUACAGAUAAUAUAACUUAUGAGUCAGAGCUGAGUCUAGAUAUGAAGAACCUAAUGCAGAAGCUAAGAUGCUUGCAUGGUUGGAGUAAUACUUCAUUAGACUCUUUGUUAAAAUUAUUAAGUGAUGUUUUUCCCAAAGGACAUGUGUUCCCUAAUUCUAUUUAUGAAGUUCAAAAGAUUAUUAAAGAUUUGGGUCUAGAUUACGUGAAAAUAGAUGCUUGUGUUAAUAAUUGCAUCUUAUAUAGAAAGGAAUAUGAGGAUCUUGAGCAAUGCCCUGAAUGUGGUGAGAAAAGAUGGAUAGUACGAAAAGGAGAAGAUGACACUGAAGUUGCUUCAAGUAAUUUGAAUAAGAGAAAGAAAGGAAUUCCUAGAAAAAUUCUUAGAUACUUUCCUUUGAUACCAAGAUUACAACGGUUGUUUAUGACUAAACAAACCGCAGAAGAUAUGAGGUGGCAUAAAAAUAAACGAGUUGAUGAUGGAGUAUUAAGGCAUCCAGCUGACUCACUGACAUGGAAAACUUUUGAUGAGAAACAUUUGGAUUUUGCAUCAGAUCCACGUAAUGUAAGACUUGGACUUGCUUCAGAUGGUUUUAAUCCUUUUGGUUCCAUGAGUAAUGCCUACAGUAUGUGGCCAGUAUUCUUGAUUCCGUAUAAUCUACCCCCGUGGCUAUGCAUGAAACAAUCUAAUAUUUUGUUAUCCUUGCUUAUUCCUGGCCCUAAAAGCCCUGGUAUGAAUAUAGAUGUGUAUCUCCAACAUUUGGUUGAUGAUUUGAAAAAAUUAUGGGAGGAUGGAAUUGAGACUUAUGAUGCUUUUAAGCAACAAAAUUUUCAAUUGCGUGCUUCUUUAUUGUGGACAAUUAAUGACUUUCCUGCAUAUGGCAUUUUGUCCGGUUGGAGCACUAAAGGUAAAUUCGCUUGUCCUGUUUGUCAUGUAAAUACUUGCUCCAUUUACUUGAAACAUGGUCGAAAGCAUUGCUACAUGAGUCAUCGUAGGUUCUUGGAGAUAAAUCAUCCUUAUCGUCGGAGCAAAAGUUCUUUUGAUAAUACAAGGGAAGAAAGACUUGCACCACAAGCAUUGAGUGGAGAUGAUGUGCUUGCACAAAUAAAUACAUCCUCACAAGGAUCCAUGGGUGAUAACACAAGAAAAAGAAAACGAGAUGCCGAAAGACGUGACAACUGGAAGAAGAAAAGUAUAUUCUUUCAACUACCAUAUUGGAGGACUGUAUUGUUGAGACAUAAUUUGGAUGUAAUGCAUAUAGAGAAAAAUAUUAGUGAAAGCGUCAUAGGAACGUUGUUGGAUAUUGACGGAAAAACAAAGGACACAUUGAAAUCUCGAUUGGACAUACAAGAGAUGAGAAUCAAAAAGCCGCUCCAUCCAAUUAAAAGUGGGGAUAAGUAUAUACUUCCUCCUGCUAGUUAUACAAUGUCCAAAACGGAGAAGAUUAAAUUCUGUCAACUCAUCAAAGAUGUCAAGUUUCCUGAUGCUUAUGCUUCUAACAUUAGUCGUUGUGUCAAUGUUAAGGAAGCUAGAAUUUUUGGACUUAAAAGUCAUGAUCACCAUGUUCUUUUCCAGCGUAUCUUUCCUCUUAUCAUCAAAGGAAUUUUGCCAAAGGAUGCAUAUGAUCCGUUAAUUGAAUUGUCAUUAUUCUUUAGUGAUUUGUGUGCUAAAGAGUUGCAUAUGGAUAAGUUAGAUAAAAUAGAUAAAAGCAUACGGAUGACAAUUUGCAAACUAGAACGUAUAUUCCUACCAACGUUCUUUGAUGUCAUGGUUCAUUUGGCAAUUCAUUUAGCAAAGGAGGCAAAGGAGGGUGGUCCUGUUCAAUUUCGAUGGAUGUAUUUCAUCGAGAGAAUGUUGCGCACAUUAAAAGGUUAUGUACGCAACAUGGCUCGCCCAGAAGGGUCAAUUGCUGAGGGCUAUCUUGCAGAAGAAUGCAUGGCAUUCUGUUCCAAAUAUUUGACUGAUAUGGAGACAAAAGAAAAUCGUCCAGAUAGGAAUUCUAGCUCUUCCAACAUGGAUCCUAAUGGCUUAUCUGUAUUUAACUGUCGUGGUAAGCCAUUUGGAGGGGGUGAUUGGACAAAAUUGAGUGAUCUUGAAAUCAAGCAAGCACAUUUUUACAUCCUCCAAAAUUGUGCAGAAAUUGGCCCUUUUAUCGAGGAACAUUUAGAAAUAUUAACAAAGGAGAAUAACAGAAAUGUUGCCAAGAGGCACAAAGAGGAAUUUCCUUUGUGGUUUCAGAAAAAG